CAAGCAGCAGAAGAAGAAGGGCAAAAGAAGCAAUGGCGGCUCUCUUCUCUGUAAAUAUUUACGUCCGAUUGACGAACGUGCUGUCAAUAUAAUUGUAUCUCUCGCAGCCACGCAGGGCUUUUAGCUAAACGGACGGCUAGCAGGAGUUCGCCACGCUUCGAUAAUGGAUGACGACGACUCCAUGCAUAGAUUGGAGGGGACUGAUUCAAAAGUUCAAGUUGGAGGAUUGAUAGUUAAGAAGAAGAGCGCCGCUGCAGAACAUCAUGUUUUCCGGGCCCCGACCCCGCGCACCUCUCUACUGGGCUUGGAUCUGCUGGCAGCGCAGAAAAGGAAAGAGCGAGAGAGUAAAGAACAAAGUGAAGCUAGUGGCGAGGACGGAGCUCGAAAGAAAUCCAAGGUUUCCUCAUACAAGGACUGGGAGGAAAGCAAAAGUGAUUCUGGAUCUGAUGAUGAAGAUGAUGAGAAGAAUGAACAGGAUAAAAAAGAGAACCGGAAGUACCGCACCAGUGGCUCUGAAACACCUUCCAGUCCCGGAGGGGUAAGCGAAGAGUUCCGUCGCCGACACGAACAGAGAGAAAAAGACCGUCGUGAGCUUGGCGUCUACAUCUCCUCCAAAGAUGACAAGAACAGAGACAAAGAUAAGGGCAGGGAUCGGCGGAGUGAAAGAGACACCCGAGAGGGCAACCGCUCGGAACGUUCUCACCGGAGCGAGCGCUCGCCGAGAGAUGGCUGGUCGGAUCGCCUCAGUCGCGGUAGCAGGCGGGAUGAACCACUAACCCCACAAGAGCAUCCGAGAGAUGGUUCUACGCCUUCCCGCUCCAACUGGGAAGAAGAAGACAGUGGUUAUGCCACUUCACGGCAGUCCCAGUGGGAGUCUCCCUCCCCUGCGCCUUCUGCAAAGGAAUCGGAGCGGAGUCGGCACACUGGCCGAGAGAGUGAGAGAAGAGACAAGUCAGUAAGAGGCCGUUACACUGAUGACACGCCCCUCCCCACCCCAUCCUACAAGUACAACGAGUGGGCCAAUGACAGAAAGCAUUUAGGCUCCACACCUCGUUUAUCCCAAGGAAAAGGUAAAAAAGAAGGUGGGACUGGAAUUCCAUUUGAUAACGAAGAUGAGAAAGAACAGUGGGAAGAGGAUCAGAAGCAAGCCGACAGAGACUGGUACAUGAUGGACGAAGGCUAUGAUGAGUUCCACAACCCUUUCACUUCCACAUCCGAGGACUAUGUCAAGAAGAGGGAGCAGAUUCUUCAGAAGCAGACUCAGAAACGAAUAUCUGCCCAGAAACGUCAAAUCAAUGAGGACAAUGAACGAUGGGAGACCAACCGUAUGUUGACUAGUGGUGUGGUGCAGCGGUUAGAGGUAGACGAAGACUUUGAGGAGGAUAAUGCGACAAAGGUUCACUUGCUGGUUCACAAUUUAGUCCCUCCAUUCCUAGAUGGAAGAAUAGUGUUCACCAAACAGCCAGAACCCAUCAUCCCCGUGAAAGACGCCACCUCUGACUUGGCCAUCAUCUCCCGCAAGGGCAGCCAGCUUGUUCGUAAACACCGUGAGCAGAAAGAGCGCAAAAAGGCACAGCACAAACAUUGGGAACUGGCAGGCACUAAGUUGGGGGACAUCAUGGGCAUCCAGAAGAAAGAAGACGAGUCCGGCCAAGUGGUUGGCGAGGAUGGCAAAGUAGACUACAGAGCAGAGCAGAAGUUCGCAGAUCACAUGAAAGAGAAGAGCGAGGCCAGCAGUGACUUUGCCAAGAAGAAAAGCUUUCUGGAGCAGAGACAGUACCUACCUAUUUUCGCUGUCAGGCAGCAGCUUCUUAACAUCAUAAGGGACAACAGCAUUGUGAUUGUUGUCGGAGAGACGGGAAGUGGGAAAACCACUCAGCUGACACAGUACCUUCAUGAGGAUGGCUACACCAGCUACGGUAUGGUGGGCUGCACUCAGCCUCGCAGAGUGGCCGCCAUGAGUGUGGCCAAGAGGGUCAGCGAGGAAAUUGGCACCAACCUAGGAGAAGAGGUGGGCUACGCAAUUCGUUUUGAGGACUGCACGUGUGAGAAAACGAUGAUAAAGUACAUGACGGAUGGUAUCCUGCUCAGAGAGUCACUAAGGGAAUCCGAUCUGGAUCACUACAGCGCCGUCAUCAUGGAUGAAGCUCACGAACGUUCGUUGAACACUGACGUGCUGUUUGGUCUGCUCCGGGAGGUUGUUUCUCGGCGCACAGACUUGAAACUGAUUGUUACCUCAGCAACAAUGGACUCCGACAAGUUUGCAGCGUUUUUUGGCAAUGUACCUAUAUUCCACAUUCCAGGAAGAACAUUUCCAGUGGACAUAUUGUUUAGCAAGACUCCUCAGGAGGACUAUGUUGAGGCCGCAGUGAAACAGGCCCUGCAGAUCCACCUCAGUGGGUUGAUUGGCGACAUUCUCAUCUUCAUGCCGGGUCAGGAAGAUAUUGAGGUAACAUCAGAUCAGAUUGUGGAACGACUGGAGGAUUUGGAUAACGCUCCAGCCCUGGCUGUGCUCCCCAUUUACUCCCAGCUACCUUCGGAUCUGCAGGCCAAAAUUUUCCAGAAGGCUCCAGACGGUGUUCGGAAAUGUAUCGUUGCUACAAACAUAGCAGAAACUUCCCUCACUGUGGAUGGUAUCAUGUUUGUUGUGGACGCUGGAUUCUGCAAACUUAAGGUGUUCAAUCCUCGCAUUGGAAUGGAUGCUCUACAAGUGUACCCCAUCAGCCAAGCAAAUGCGAACCAGCGUGCUGGUAGAGCUGGUCGUACAGGACCAGGGCAGUGUUACAGGCUCUACACUCAGAGCGCCUAUAAGAACGAAAUGCUGACCACCACCAUACCAGAGAUUCAGAGGACCAACCUGGCCAAUGUGGUCCUGCUGUUGAAGUCGCUGGGUGUUCAGGAUUUACUCCUUUUCCACUUCAUGGACCCGCCACCUGAAGACAACAUGCUCAACUCCAUGUACCAGCUUUGGAUCCUGGGAGCACUCGACAACACCGGUUCUUUGACGCCAACUGGCCGAAUGAUGGUGGAGUUCCCCCUCGACCCGGCGUUGUCCAAGAUGCUAAUUGUGUCCUGCGACAUGUGCUGCAGCGCUGACAUCCUCAUCAUCGUUUCCAUGCUUUCUGUGCCGGCCAUCUUUUACAGACCGAAGGGCCGCGAGGAGGAGAGCGACCAGGUCAGGGAGAAGUUCUCCGUGCCGGAGAGUGACCAUCUGACUUACCUUAACGUCUACCAGCAGUGGAAAAAUAACAAUUACUCGAGCAUCUGGUGCAACGAUCACUUCAUUCAUACCAAGGCCAUGCGCAAGGUGCGUGAGGUGCGCUCUCAGUUAAAAGACAUCAUGGUGCAGCAGAGGAUGAACUUGAUGUCAUGUGGUUCAGACUGGGACAUCAUCAGGAAGUGCAUCUGUGCUGCUUACUUCCACCAGGCUGCCAAGCUCAAGGGCAUUGGUGAAUAUGUGAACGUGAGGACGGGCAUGCCAUGUCACCUUCACCCGACCAGCUCCCUGUUUGGUAUGGGCUACACGCCCGACUACAUCAUCUACCACGAGCUCGUCAUGACUACCAAGGAGUACAUGCAGUGUGUAACUGCAGUGGAUGGUGAGUGGCUGGCGGAACUUGGGCCCAUGUUUUAUAGCAUCAAACAUGCUGGGAGAAGCAGACAGGAAAACCGUCGGCGGGCCAAGGAGGAAAUCAACCACAUGGAAGAGGAGAUGGUGUUGGCUCAGGAGCAGCUACUAAGCCGUCGCGAGGAGAAUGAGAGGAAGAACACCGGCAUUGUAAAGUCGUUGAGAAUAUGCACGCCGGGGAGACGAGAAGAGGCUCCCAUGACACCCCGACGCACCCCUUCUCGAUUUGGAUUGUGAAACACCUUGGGGUCAUCCAAACCUCCAUCACCGGAACCAAGUCACAGCAGCCAUAUGCAGAAGCGCCUGCAGUUCAUGUACAGGCCACUAGGGAGAGAACUUGUAUCAGACAAAAGGUCUCCUUCCCUUUUUUCUAUUUUUCUUUUUUAAAUGAUCUCCAUCUUGAAAAAUCCUGGAUGGCUACAGUAUGAGCUUACUGUAUUUUGACUACAAUAAAUGUUAAAAAAGAAACCGAAAGAAAGUAAGAAACAAAGAAAGAAAGAAAAUGUCAUUUUGCGAUUUAAUGAGCCACAUCAAUUUAAAUGCCUCCAUUUGUCAGAUGGUUUUGUCUUGUUUCAAUGUUGGCCGUCUUUGAAUUCUUGUACUAGUCUGUGUUGUUGUCGUAAAGAGCUCCACCGCGCACUCAAGUGCUAUCCGCAUUGUACUUGUGCCACAAGUGUGGUCAGUCGCACAUGUAUUUUCACGCACAGCUACCUUUGCCUACUCUUAGCCUCCCCCCCUUGUUUUUGGAGUGUGAAAUAGCUUUGCAACACCUCCACAUCAGAUUAAACGUCAACAAUGUUAUUUUCAUACUCAAAGCAGUUUUUUUUGCAUUCUCCUUUGCAUGUUUUUGGUAGUGUGAUGCACAUCAUCUCAACAUGUAGUGCUCCAUAUGAACUGGCCUUUUGUAACCACACAUCCCAAUGAAGGUCUUUUCUUUUUUUUUUUUUUCCACAUGGAGACUCACAGACUGGCCUUUGUGCAAAAUCAAACAAUACAUGUUGCUAUUUUCAUAAUCCUAGGUGGCUUGAGUUUUUAAUUCUAGUGUUUGUGUCUGCACAUUACAAGCAUCUGGAAGGUGUAAAUCAGGUAAGGAUGUUUUUGCCAGUGUGUAGACAAAGUCAAGAGCCAUUCACACAUGUCUGUCACGGGAAUAAAUGAAGACAUUGAAAAACACA